GUGUCCCCGUUGUUUACCUGCAGCAGUCGGUGCUCACGGAUCUUGUCGGUGGUUAAACUGUCCGGUUGCUGCUGAAAUAAAUCUCCGUGUCGUUGCUUUCAGUCCCGGUUUGUCCUCGUUGUUCCCGCCGUUAAACAUGUCGUCUGUGGAAGUUCCCGCCGCGCUGCUUCCCGCCGCAGACAACCAGGUGAAGAUGGGUAAAAGCACCGCAGCAGGUCUGAGGAGAGCCGCUCUGGGAGAGAUUACCAACUUUCCUGGAGCCGCAGUCAACACAAAGAGGACGGGACGAGCCAAAGCGUCGGCCAAACCAUCCUGUGCCCUAAAAGCUGCACCCGCUGCGGUCCAGCUGCUGCGUCCAGUAGUCCGGGUUCAAGCACCUGCAGAUCCUCUCCCCCCGGUUUCAGAGGAGUCGGCUGACGUGUCCAUGAAGGAGGAAGAGGAACUGUGCCAGGCUUUCUCUGAGGCGCUGCUCACCGUGGAGGACGUGGACGAGCAGGACGCAGACCUGCCGCAGCUCUGCUCGCAAUAUGUGAAGGAUAUCUACAGUUACCUCCACGUCCUGGAGGUGCAGCAGGCCGUACGAGCCAACUACAUGCAGGGUUAUGAAAUCACCGAGCGCAUGCGAGCUCUUCUGAUCGACUGGCUGGUCCAGGUUCACUCCAGGUUCCAGCUGCUGCAGGAGACUCUGUACCUCACAGUUGCCGUCCUGGAUCGUUUCCUCCAGGUCCAGCCGGUCUCUCGCAGGAAGCUGCAGCUCGUCGGUGUGACGGCCAUGCUGGUGGCCUGUAAGUACGAGGAGAUGUACGCGCCGGAGGUCGGAGACUUCGCCUACAUCACAGACAACGCGUUCUCCAAGUCUCAGAUUCUGGAGAUGGAGCAGGUGGUUCUGAGGACGCUCAACUUUGAGCUCGGACGUCCUCUUCCGCUACACUUCCUCAGACGGGCUUCAAAAGUGGCUAGUUCUGAUGUAGAGAGACACACUCUGGCCAAGUACCUGAUGGAGUUGACCCUCAUCGACUACGACAUGGUUCACUACCGGCCCUCUGAGAUCGCCGCUGCCUCCCUCUGUCUCUCCCAGCUGCUGCUCGACGGGCUGCCGUGGUCUCAAACACAGCAGCACUACUCGACUUACGACGAGGCCCACCUGAAGCCGAUCAUGCAGCACAUCGCCAAGAAUGUCGUGCUGGUAAACGACGGGAAGACGAAGUUCCAGGCUAUAAAGAACAAGUACUCGAGCAGCAGACUGAUGAAGAUCAGCCUCAUCCCUCAGCUGAAGACGCCCAUCAUCAAGAACAUGGCGGCCGCUGUGCUCAACAAUCCUUGAGGAACUUUCCAUUUCAGACGACAUUUUACUUGCACUUUAUUUUAGAUUGAUCACUGUGGAGUUUUUAAUAAAAUGGUUUUAUAUUUUUCAACCAAA